AUGGCGCCUGAGGUCUCGCUUGGGUCCAGACGUGACGAGUUUCAAGACAGAGGUUUUCUUCUUUUGAAGGGUUUCGUGUCCAAAGAUGAGUGCGAAAGCAUGAAAAAGAGGAUGAAGGAGCUCGUGGAUGGCUGGGAUCCUCAGCUUGAGACCCCAGCCGCCUUCACUACUGACAGCAAACAGCAAACUGAGAUGCAGGGGAAAUCCGACUAUUUCCUUGACAGUGCUGACCGCAUCCACUUCUUUAUUGAGAAGAGCACGGCAGACAAGGAUGGCAAGCUGAAAGCUGAUCAGAAGAAGUUUGAGGCUUUGAACAAGGUGGGACAUGGCUUGCAUGUCUUGGACCCGGUCUUUAGAGACUACAGCCAGUCGAGUAAGAUUUCAGAGCUGGUUGAGGAGUUGGGCUGGAAAGAUCCCGUCCUCCCACAGUCAAUGUACAUCUUCAAGCAACCACUGGUUGGUGGGGAAGUCACUUCCCAUCAGGACUCAUCGUUCCUGUACACAACUCCCAGACCCACAUGCUUGGGCUUGUGGUUGGCCUUGGACAAAGCCACUACGGAGAAUGGCUGCUUGUGGGCUAGGCCAGGCUCCCACAAGGAGCCAGUCAGACGUGUGUUUGUCAGAAAUCCGGAACAUUUUGACAACGACAAUAAGAAUGCUCCGCAGUUGGUGUUCGAAGCUCUAGAUGAGGGCAAGGAUCCCGCUUGGCAAUGGGAGGGCAAGAUGCCAGAAGGUCACGAACCACCCAGCCAAGGAUUGAUGGACAGCGGAUUCUGUCCUCUAGAGUGCGAGGCUGGCGAUCUUGUGGUCAUCCAUGGCCAGGUAGACCAUCUUUCGUUGGCCAACACCAGCAACAAGCCGCGGGAAACCUUUCAGCUACAUUUGGUGGAAGGGCCUGCCGAAGGAAUUACAUGGAGCCCUAGGAACUGGCUCCAGUACCCUCUCGACAAGAAAUUUCCGUCCCUCAGCAAGAAGCGCAAGGCGUGGCCAGAUGUGCAGGUUGCCAUUUCAGUGUGA